AUGCUGUUUAUCCGAAUCCCGCCGAUGAAAUCCGCUGGGUUAUCAGAGCGCGACUCUUUUGCCAGCCCCCGACAGCUGAAUCUCCGAUCUCAACAAACACCGACCAAAUCAAAACAGUCCAAUCCAAUGGAAACCCGCAGCCUUGCUUCCAUUGGACACAAGCCUGCUCCCUACGGUCAUGCCUGUACUGGCUGCUCCAAAGCUAAAUGCAAGUGCAUAAGCCGUGGAGUAGGCGUGCCUUGUGAGAGAUGCCAUCGCUUGCUCAAGCAAUGCUCGCCCUCCACGGUGGUUCGGAAAGGUCUUUCAAGGCGGGUGGCAAGUCAGUCAACAAGAGAACGUGCGAGCGACAAGCCUAGCAGUCACAGGGAGCAGCAGGUUGCCAUCCACCCUGUUUCUGAACACACAAACUCGAGACUACCGGCACCUGCGGAGAACUCGCUAGCUGUACCAUAUCAUAUGGUUGCAGAUACUGUUCACGCGCAAUCUCUCGGCACCAGAAUAGCUUGCGCACCACCAAUACUGCCAAAUGACCAACCAGAUUUGUUGAUGGCUCCUUCUGUUCCUGCGCUGUCACCGCCCCUGGAGCUAUGUCCAGUUGAUGCGGAAGCGGUGCUCAAAACCUUCAAAGAACUCCACCUCAAGUCUUUCCCAUUUAUUUAUUUUGAGGAGAGUCUUAGGAUAACCGAUCGGAUCCGGGACAGAAAAUUUCUCGGCGUCUGUUCAGGCGUAGCGGCCUCCUUGGUAUUCGACUUGCGUCUUGACCGAGUUGUUGCGCAAGAGAACCCAUACAAGGAAACGGACAUCGGACGAGCCUACACCUACCCAAUCCCACAACAUGUCCCGUCGCCGGGAAGAACCAACGAAGAGCGCCGUGCCGUGCUUGCCUGCUUCUGUAUCUGUACCGCCAUUUCGGAAUUGCUCGAGUCGCCACCGAUGAGAUGGACUUCGGACAUGGAAGCAAGCCUUCAACAUCUCGCUUCUUAUCCGGAAGUUCUUCACGAUAGGAUACUUGUUGCCAUUGUCAAGGUGUUUAAAAUCAUUGACGCUGUUAGCGCGGCUUCAACUUCCCGGCAUCUUGAUAUGUACGCGGAGCGGGACUCAAAAUUACCACCUGCCGUCUAUACGUCUUAUCUUGUGAACAGAUUGGAUUCCCUCAAGUCUGAACUCUCGCCGGACAUUCUUAAUGAAACCUUCCAUGCUAUCAUUUUUGAAGCACAAUGCUUACACAGUGGUUUCAUAUCAGAAACGAUCAGAUCUUACAUCUCCUAUGUGGAGGCUAGCAUCAAUGACCUCCCUUUACAUCGUCAAGCUAAUCCUGCAGACGGGAAUUCGUGGCUGGAUUUCCGAAAAGCUGAGCACCUUCAUGCAUGUCUCAAUGCAUGUCGACAGCAUCUAGAUAAUUGGUCCCAUUUUACAAUCGACGAGCUCUAUUGUAUGAGCAUGCCAGUACAUUGGUACUUCGCCCGUUGCACGCAAAUUUUAUAUCGCCUAUCUCUCAUGAACGAUCCAUCCUGGGACAAGAAGACGGUCCGCAACGCGGUCGAUCUUCUGGGUGUUAUGGAGGCAACGGCACAACGUUUCCUCGCCACAGCAGAAACAAAGCGAUUGGAUGUAGAUAGCGUUAGCUGGUUUACAAAAGCGGCAGGUGCAUUGAGACAUGCUGCUUCAAUCUGGGGAAAGGCAUUGUCUAAUGACAGUUCUCUUGAUGAAAUGACUAUGGUGUCCCAGCAAAGCGGGAGUGUUGAUAGUAUUCCGGGUGUGGGAAUUGCUGUGCCAGCUGAUCUUACUUCUGACGAUUGGAUGAUGGAUUUAUGGACUGAAUGGCAGGAAUAA